AUGUCCAGUUUUGUUCACUGCAUGGUUUGUUUUGCUUUCCCAGCCGCUGACUUGAAGUUUUAUUUAUCCACUUGUGGUCAUGUCGCUUGCCUGAAAUGUGUCCAGAAAGGAGCCAUGACCCUACGGUGCAAAGUUUGUCAGAAGAACAACCCGCAGGUUUUGGAAAUAAACAGGAACCUCAAACCGGAGCUUCGUCAGUUAUUCGCACCUCUAGAGGAUUUUUCGACAAUCGUUCGCGAAGUAACUCGUGUUGCUGAUUUUCAAAAUGGCCACAGGAUGAGAGUAAUGAGGCAUCUACAAAGCAAGGUGGGAAAUGAUUCACCCGCUUUCAAUAGUAGGCCGUUCUUACCCACCCAACAUAAUGGUUGUUGCCAUCUGAAUGCCAGUCAACUGGCAACAGCUUUUUAUUACGCACCUAGUGUGAGCUUACAUUAG